UGUGGUGUGAAUACGUCUCAUGUUAAUAGUUUUGUUUUUUGAAUUCGGAUUAAUACAGUAACGAAAGUUCCUCUGUCCUCCUGGAGGAAUCACAAGCACUUCCUGUAUGAAGUUCGCUGCGGGUGAGAGGUCAGUACACGCUGAGACGGCUCGUGCACCGAGCCACACACCACUGCAGCAUCCCGGGACAAUGUGACCCUUCCCGGAUCACCUUCAUUAGCCAAGUGCAGCUGGGCCGAGCUGAAACCCGGGGGAGAGCCGACUUAAUCAGUCCGGCUGACGAGGCGACGAGCAGCGGCAGCACGGCGAGGCGUUGCCCCCGAGCCCCGGUGCUGAGUGGAUCAUGCGCCAGUGGAGUCUCCGCGCUGUGGCUCCGCGCGCUGAGCCGCUCCCCACGGGCCGCGUGUCCCCGCAAGUCUCAGAUGCCAGGAUGGAGUGCUGUGAUGUGGAGCCACGCUACACGAUCGAGCAGAUUGACCUGCUUCAGCGCCUCAGGCUGUCCGGCUUGACCAAACCUCAGAUCCUCCAGGCCCUGGAGUCUCUAGAGAGACUGGAUCCAGAGCACCGCUCGCCUUUCUGUGACAAUCACUCCGCCCCGCCCAGGGCUCCUACCUCUGCAGCUCCGGCUGCACCUUCUUCCUCAUCUUCCUCAUCUUCCUCUCUCACCUCAGCUACCACACAGACUCCAGUUCUAGAUGCUGCACUGUCCCCCAGCAACAGUUAUGAUGCCUCGUCUCCACCCCUGUACCCACCCGGAGUUCAGAGGUCAUUCGCUUAUGACCUGGCAGAAGAGGAUUGGGAUCUGGAAGAGAAGGUGGAGGAGUACAUGAGGAGGGACAGUAACCUGGUAAAGGAGGAGAUCAAGGCUUUCCUCAAUAACAGGAGGAUCUCUCAGGCUAUUGUCGGCCAAGUUACAGGUAUCAGUCAAAGCUACAUCUCCCAGUGGCUGCUGCAGCAGGGCUUGGAGAUGAGCGACUCCAAACGCAGGGCUUUUUACCGCUGGUAUCUGCUGGAGCGGAACAGUCCAGGGUUCAGGUGGACUGAAAACCAGCAUGCUCAGGGCCCCAGGAGCAGGACUGACACCCCCUGGAGUAGACAGAGAGAACUACUGAUGCACCUGCUCCCUUGGUACUCUGCACAGCAGGCCCAGCCAGGUGCUACUCUGUCCAUGCGCUCACUGGUCAAAGAGGAACCUGACUGGAGGGUUGCCGGUUGCCCCGGUGACAGGGCGGCUGUCGGCGGGCCUUUCAGACUGAGGAGGGGCAGCCGUUUCACCUGGAGGAAAGAGUGCCAGUCGAUCAUGGAGAGUUUCUUUAUAGAGAAUCAGUAUCCUGAUGAAGCCAAACGUGAGGAGAUUGCCAACACCUGCAACUCUGUCAUCCAAAAACCAGGGUGCAAACUUUCCGAGUUUGAGAGAGUCACUGCUCUGAAAGUGUACAACUGGUUCGCCAAUCGCAGGAAGGAGAUGAAGAGACGUGCCAACAUAGAGGCUGCCAUUCUUGAGAGCCAUGGCAUAGAAGUGCCAAGCCCCAGCUGUCACUCUAAUGGUGAAGAGGUUGAGAACCAGGAGUUUGGAGAUCAGGUUGUGAAUCAGCGAUUUCCGGAUCAGGAAGAGCUUGCUCAGAGAAAAGUGACUGAGCCAGAUGGAGCCACACUGCCUGCAGUGGAAGUAGUGCCUCUUCCAAGCCCUGCUACUCAACACAUGGAUCAGAAGAUGGAUGAAACAAAAAGGGAGGCUGCUGAUGAGGAGUGAGCAAAGGGAGCAGUCUGCGUAAUAUUUUAGAGGCUUGAAAUUGUGCCGCUUACUGUCCUCCUUCGAGAUCUCGGGGGAGGAUGUGUGUGUACGGCAAGACACCAAAUUGCCUCUAGUGCUAGAGAGGCAAUUGUAUGUAUCUACAGUAAUCACGCUUGUAGUAAUGGCAAUAUUUAUCUCUAUACACUGUAUUGUGCAUUCCAAGAAGUCUUAAUGCAUCUUUUAAAAGGAAAAGACAAUUCUGGUGCAGAAUGGUAACCUUCCACCUCAUGCUAAAGCCUUUUUUUUUCCCCCCUCCAUCUUCUCACUAUUCUCAAGUGUAACAGUUUGACAAUAGAAGCCUCAUGCAAACAGGAGCGAGGAGUGUGUGAGAAACCUGCAGGACAGGUGUUUGGGUGUGAUGACCGGGUACACUAAAUUUGUGGUGCUUGUACAAAUGCAGGAAGGAAGCGCUGAGAUUUUCUUAGCCAUAUGCAAUAGUCCUCGAUUGAGACCGGAACCUGAACGCCACCAUUUACUCAGGUAAAGCUACAUUAGAGUAUUGAUGGAGAAGCAGCCCCAUAUUCACUCACUAUUGCUAAUAUCACUUCUGAACGAAGUCUUGGGUAUUGUGAUUUCAUACGUCAUGUCUCAUGUAUACGUCAUGUAUCAUUGUUUAUAUGUCUCUCGUUUUUCUUUCGAUCUUUAAUAAGCAAAGCUAAACGUUUUCUGUAAGUGUGAUCUAGCCGUAAUAGCGCAAGGUCAUGCCUUUUCAAUCUUUUUAUAUUUAACCACUACUUAAAGCCUCUCUGUACUCAGUCAUUUAAGCUAUUGUGAUCUAUGACUGGUUUUUGGGCUCUAAAUUGUUCAUUUUAAAAAAUAUAUAUUUUUUGCUAUAAGCACCAUUAUUACUUUAAUAAGCUAAUGCAGUAUUAUAACACCAUGUAACUGUAACAGAUUUAGAAUCUAGUGUAAAACGAUCCAUUGUUUUCUCCCUGUCUCUUUGAAGCCAAAGGUAUGUCCUGGAAAUCAGAUCAUUUACAGAGAUGCUUUUUAUAAGGUCAGCGGCAAAUUAAAUAGUCUUUCCCUGGGAUACGUUUAAGAGGUGUGAGCUGAAAUGAAAUGUGCUCUGAGCAUAGGAAGACUUAAAGCUAUGAUAUUUCAGGCCUCAGCGCUGUAUAUGAAAACAGGAAGCAGUGUUGCACGCUUUCACGAUCCAUUUCUGUCUGCAUUUCCCUGAUGACUUAAAUAAAAACCCGUAUAUAAUAUCUCAAUGUCAUGGUUGAAUUUAUUGACCUGCUUGUAUAUACACAUUCAAGAUUCCUCUUGUUCAGGUUUAAGCAUGUUUUAAUUUUCAAAGCAUGAACCAUUGGAGGAUUUCCCCCGAAAAGCUCAGAGUUGAGCUUAAAUGCUGUCUAGAUUUUUAAU